AGAUUACGUUCGUCACUUUAGCCAAUUAACAAACCAUAUACAUAGCCACACGCUGCCAUGUCCGAACAAAUCAAAGUAACUAUCAAAUCUUCAGGUGAUAAGAAAUAUGAAGUAACUUUUGAUACAUCCAUCACUGUAUUAGAAUUAAAACAAUUAAUUGCUGCAGAGUCAGAUAUACCAGCCGAAAGCCAAAGAUUGAUCUACUCAGGUAAGGUUUUAAAAGACAAUGAAACUGUCAGUUCAUACAAAGUACAAGAUGGACACACCAUUCAUUUAGUCAAGAGUGUUACUGCUCGAACAGGUGCUUCAAGUGGAGCCGCUGCCAACACUUCUGGCUCCACUUCUACCUCCUCACCAGUGCCACCACCACAAAGUGUUCCUUCCAACAUUGCUGCUGGUCAAGGUACAUUCAACCCAUUGGCUGAUUUGACUGGUGCUAGAUAUGCCGGAUAUACUCAAUUACCUUCUGCCUCUAUGUUUGGGCCAGAUGGAGGAAUGAAUGCAAACUUACCAGAUCCAGAUCAAUUGAGUCAAAUGUUGUCCAACCCAUUAGUACAACAACAAAUGAAUGCCAUGUUAUCUGAUCCACAGAUGUUAGACUUUAUGAUUCAACAAAAUCCUCAAUUAAGAGCCAUGGGUCCACAAGCUAGAGAAUUAUUGCAAAGUCCUAUGUUUAGACAAAUGUUUAGUAAUCCAGAAAUGUUGAGAAUGAUGCUGCAAUUAGGUGGAAGAGGUGGCGCAUUUGGUGGUGCUGGUGCCGGUGGGGCUAGUGCAUUCCCUGCUCCAGGUGCCAACCCAAACUUUGAAGGUCCAGCUACAGGCGAUGCCAGCACUGGAAACACUACUGAUGCUAGUGCCGGUACUACUCCUGGAGCUGGUUCUACUCCAGGCUUAGGCGCAGGUGCUGCUUCUGCUGCUGCCAAUCCAUUUGCCAGUUUAUUCCCAAAUGGUCUUCCACCAAUAGAUCCACUGGUUUUAUUUGGUGGUGCUCCACCUGCUGCUCCUGCACCAGUAGAUAACAGACCACCAGAAGAAAGAUAUGAAAGUCAAUUGAGACAAUUGAAUGAUAUGGGUUUCUUUGAUUUUGAUAGAAAUGUUGAGGCUCUUAGAAGAACUGGUGGUAGUGUUCAAGGUGCAAUUGAAUAUUUAUUAGGUGGUAACUAGAUUUAGUUAAUUAGUUUUGUAUAUGCGCUUUAUGUUGUUUUUUUUUUUUUUAGUUUGUUCAAAGUAAUAUAGAAAAAAAAACAAGUUAAUCUUGUAAAAAAGUGCUGUCUAGUAUUAUAAACAGAGU